AUGGCGGCUCCCGGGAAUGUCUCAGUCAUCUUCAUCCUGAGUGGGAUUCCGGAACUGGAAGAUCAUCAGGAUUUUCUGGCCUUCCCUCUGUGUCUCCUCUAUGUUGUGUCUUUGUUGGGUAAUUUCACCAUCCUGGUCAUUAUCAGGACAGAGGAGAGCUUCCACCAGCCCAUGUACAUCUUAUUGGCCAUGUUGGCAAUGACAGACAUCGGGGUGUCCCUCACCACCCUGCCUACCGUCCUCGGCAUCUUCUGCUUUAACUAUGACCAGAUCCACCUGGACUCCUGCCUGACUCAGAUGUACUUCCUCCAUACGUUUGCCGCCAUGGAGUCUGGAGUCCUGGUGGUGAUGGCGGUAGACAGGCUCAUCGCCAUAUGGGACCCUCUGAGGUAUUCCUCCAUCUUAACCAAUCCAGUCAUAGGGAAGAUUGGACUUGGGAUUGUUUUGCGGGGUCUCUGUGUGGUCUUCCCGAUUCCAUUCCUCACCAGACGGUUUCCAUUCAACAAGAGUCACCUCUUGUCCCAUUCGUACUGUCUCCACCAAGAUGUCAUCAGGGUGGCAGGAGCAGAUACCACAGUCAACAGCAUCUACGGGCUAGUGGCCGUGCUCAUGACCAAGGGGGUGGACUCCAUGUUCAUUGUCAUCUCCUAUAUACUGAUCCUUAAAGCCGUUCUGGACAUCAGAGCCAACUCGGCUCGUCUCAAGGCCUUCAGCACUUGCGUUUGCCAUAUUUGUGCCGUGCUCUUAUUCUAUAUCCCGCUCAUCGGACUCUCCUUGGUCCAUAGGUUCGGCAAGAACACCUCUCACCUCCUGCCCAUCCUGAUGGCCGACGUGUACCUUCUAUUUCCUCCCGUGAUCAACCCGGUCAUCUACAGCAUGAAGACCAAACAGAUCCGACAGAAGAUUGCAAAAGUCUUCAAUAGCCGGAAACUCCGGACCAUAGACAACAAGAUUGCUGUGCUGAAGGUCUAG